UUGACACACUAUUUAGGAGGGCAGUAUGCGGAUUGGGACGGAGCCAUGCAAUCGGACGCUGCAGGUUCCUCCGUGUAACCGAGAGCAGUUCGAGGCAAAAAAAAAUCGGAUUAUUAGUCCUUAACACGCGGAUGUUUUAAAGACGUGGCGAGAUGAUGGAGACGCGUUUCGGAGUGGAUUAUUUGUUCCGAGCUCCGCGUUUGUUCUCUCAGCGAUUUUCACCCCGAUGCUCUCAACCCAGAGGAGAGGAACACGUCUCUCAGGUCCUUACUUCACCGGUCGGAAGCUUUUGAUCCUCCUGAUCCUCCUCAUCAUCAACAUCCUCAUUAACAUCAUAACCUCAGGUGGAGCUCGCGUGCCUGACCCUUCUUCAACUCUUUUACCAGAUCCUUCAUUAGGACCAGUUUCAUUCCCAUAGAUGUGCAGAAAUCCUUUACUGAUUUUCUUUUGAUUGACCCAUGGGAUCUGACAGCUCUCAUCUCAAUCUCUGGAUGAACCUGGAGAAACUCGUCUAGUUCAAGGACCAAGAUGCAUCUCAUCAGGGCGAAAUGAUUCGAUUAAGGUCGCUGCUGUCCUUAAUGGCUUUUAUGAUGAGAAGAUGGAAGGUGUUGGUGGUACUGAAUGCGUUCGCAGUGGCGGGCUUCUUCACUUUUUGGGGCAAGUGCGACGUCCGGCCGAGCAAGGUCGUUAACGGUCACGCUCGUCUUAAUGGAUCUUAUUCAGACUCGAGUGUCAGUCAUGAGGUCCUGCUCAAGAGGCUCGGCUCGUUGGAAGAUGUGGUCUACAGACAGCUAAAUGGUUUGUCCAAAUCUCUUGGGCUUAUUGAGGGCUUCAGAGGCCAGGGCAAAGGUGGCUCUGGCACACUGACUCCUGGGGAGGAAAAGCAAACCAAACACUUACAGGAGAAGUACGGCUACAAUGCGUUCCUGAGUGACAGGAUUUCCCUGGACAGGUCCAUUCCAGACUUUCGGCCCAGCAAGUGCAAAAACAUAUUCUAUCCUAAAGACCUGCCUCAGAUUUCACUUAUCUUCAUCUUUGUGAAUGAGGCGCUGUCGGUGAUCUUGCGAUCUGUGCACUCGGCCGUCAACCACACCCCACCUCACCUGCUGAAGGAGAUCAUCUUAGUAGACGAUAACAGUGAUGAUGAGCAACUGAAAGGUCCACUUGAGGAAUAUGUCAACAAACGAUACCCAGGCCUUGUCAAAAUCGUUCGCAAUCAGAAGCGAGAGGGCCUCAUCCGUGCUCGCAUUGAGGGUUGGAAAAUAGCUACAGGGGAGGUGACAGGCUUUUUCGAUGCCCACGUUGAAUUUACUCCCGCUUGGGCUGAACCAGUUCUGUCCAGAAUAAAGCAGGACCCCAAGAGGAUCAUCCUACCCUCAAUUGACAACAUUAAACAUAAAUCAUUCGGCCUGGAGCGCUACGAGAACUCUGGCCAUGGUUUUAACUGGGAGCUGUGGUGCAUGUACAUCAGUCCUCCAAAGCAAUGGUGGGAUUUGGGAGACGCCUCUGCACCCAUCAGGACGCCUGCAAUGAUUGGCUGUUCAUUUGUGGCAAACCGGCUCUACUUUGGAGAGCUGGGUCUGCUAGACUCCGGCAUGGACGUCUAUGGUGGAGAAAAUAUAGAGCUCGGAAUAAGGGUUUGGCUGUGUGGGGGCAGUAUGGAGGUCUUGCCGUGCUCUCGGGUGGCUCACGUUGCCAGGACAAAGAAACCGUACCACAACAACAUUGCUUUUCACACCAGGCGCAAUGCACUGCGGGUGGCCGAAGUAUGGUUGGACGAGUACAAGUCUAACGUCUACCUGGCCUGGAACCUUCCAAUGGAGAAUCACGGCAUUGAUUAUGGGGACAUAUCAGAGCGUGUGGCACUGAGGAAAAGAUUGCAGUGUAAAAACUUCGAGUGGUACCUUGAUAAUAUCUACCCAGAGAUGAGGCGAUACAACAACACUCUGUUUUACGGAGAAAUUCGCAACUCCAACGUGACCCAUCUGUGUGUGGAUCAGGGUGUGAAAGAAAACCACACCGCAACCCUUCACCCUUGCCAUGGUUGGAACCCACAGCUUGGCCGCUAUACCCAGGAGGGAUAUCUGUUUGUGGGUCCUUUGGGAAGCACUGGAGAUGACACUUCCUGUGUGAUUGAUGACAUUAUCAGCAGCACCCCUCAGCUUGUCAACUGUGACAAAGUGUCCAAUAUAGGCCAGAAGACAUGGAACUUUGUACAGAAUGAAGCAAUCAUGAACCGAGCCACAGGUCGCUGUCUAGAGGUGGUAAAGUCCAACAUGUCCUUCGGCUAUGCGCUGAUUCUGCAGGCCUGCACUGGCCAGAGGUGGAACAUCAAAAACACGAUGAGGCAGCAGCAGGAACUUUGAAUGAGCCAGACUCUUAAAAUAAGACUGGAACAAGACAAGAAGUCAGAAUUCUUGAAAGGAACUAGGACUGCUUUCAUCUUUGUGCUCUGACUUCAUCGAAGUUGAUUUUGUGAACUGCUGUCAGUAUAGGAGUGUGCAAUACAUGCGAGAGAAACUCAGCCCUCAGAACCUUUACAGAAGAAGAGGUUUUAAUAAAAUGUGUGUAUUCCUCAAACAGAGUGGCCAUCUCCGUCAUACUUUAAUAACAUAUAACAAGGCCAAAAAAGAUUUUGUAAGAGACAUGCUAUGGAAGAAUACAGAAGUUAUAAUAACAGCAUUCCAUAUUAAGUAAAACCUUUUCUUCAGGGUGCUACAAACUACAUUUUGUUCUUUUUUUGCAUUUUAAGUGGGCUUUUUUUGGCAUUUAUGGAAAACAUGGACUUCUGUAUUUCUGUUGAUUUGUCUGGAACACAUUUAUUACCCCAGUGGAAAAUUCGAUGGUAGGUGUACAAGCUCACUUGCUUGAGUUGUAUUAUUUCUUCUGGAUAUUGUGUGUGUGUGUGUGUGUGUGUGUGUGUGUGUGUGUGUGUGUGUGUGUGUGUAUGAUUUCAAUCUUUUACAGCUUCAACCACAUUAAUAAGACAUUUUUAGGAAGGUAACUGAAUCUGUUAGGUGACUUAAACACUCAGUAGCAUGAUAUUUUAAUAUGCAAAUAGGAAAUACCUUUACAGUGCAGUACAAUGAGUGUAGGUAUAUUAAGAUACAGUAUAUUAGGUAAGAUAUUUUUUAACUUUCCAGUGAGUGUAAAUGAGUAUGUGACUACUGCUGGUGGUCAUGGCCAAAUGGUUUGGUGAUGGCAAUUCUACCAUACUGUCUUCCAUAAAAUUCAAAUAAAAUUUGAAAUAAAACCA